AUGCUGCGUCUCAACCAGGCUCGGGGAGGACUGUCCUGGGCGGGCGGCGAGGAGCAAUGGCACGGACCCACCUUCCUCGGGGAGCCCCCUCGAGAGCCAGCAUCUAACCCCCCAGAUGUCCCCUGGGUACCAGCGAGGACACAGGCCAGGGACAGGGCGCAGGGCUCCUGGAUCAGAACCCACGGGACCCAGCCCGCGAAGUCCUCCCGAGACGGCUGGACGGAGCACGCAUGUGGCAGCGGGACGGGCUGCUGCCGGGGAGCCCCGGGGACCUGGCCUUACGAGGCUCUCGUCCGGGGCUCCGACCCCAGGAGAGCCAGGCAGAGGGGACGGCCCGCGUGGGGUCCUCCAGGCAAGAUGAAAACGCAGCCGGGCUUCAAGCAGGACGAGGGCCCCGGUCACCAGGCCAGCCUGCAGCCCCCCGGCCCGACCACCACGGGCGUCAUUCUCCGAGCAGUUGGCACGGAGACCCCCGGGGGGCCCUCGGGGCCGGCCGGACCGGCAGGGCCUCCCGGCCGCACGCCCGGGGGCCCGAGGCGCGCGGCCGCGGGCCUGACGGUCACCAGCGUGGUCCCCGAAAGCGCGCUGCUCAUUGUGCUGGGCCUGCUGCUGGGCGGCGUGGUCCUGGCGGCCGACCACAUCGCCUCCUUCUCGCUCACGCCCACGGUCUUCUUCUUCUACCUGCUGCCGCCCAUCGUGCUGGACGCCGGGUACUUCAUGCCCAACCGGCUCUUCUUCGGCAACCUGGGCACCAUCCUGCUCUACGCCGUGGUCGGCACCGUGUGGAACGCGGCCACCACCGGCCUGUCGCUCUACGGCGUCUUCCUCAGCGGCCUGAUGGGGGACCUGAACAUCGGGCUGCUGGACCUCCUCCUGUUCGGCAGCCUGAUCGCCGCCGUGGACCCCGUGGCCGUGCUGGCGGUGUUCGAGGAGGUGCACGUCAACGAGGGGCUGUUCAUCAUCGUCUUCGGGGAGUCGCUGCUCAACGACGCCGUCACCGUGGUCCUGUACAACGUGUUUGAAUCUUUCGUGACACUGGGUGGUGACAAGGUGACUGGCGUGGACUGCGUGAAAGGAAUAGCGUCCUUCUUCGUGGUGAGCCUGGGGGGCACGCUGGUGGGGGUGGUCUUCGCCUUCCUGCUCUCGCUGGUGACGCGCUUCACCAAGCACGUGCGCAUCAUCGAGCCCGGCUUCGUGUUCGUCCUCUCCUACCUGUCCUACCUCACGUCCGAGAUGCUGUCGCUGUCGGCCAUCCUGGCCAUCACCUUCUGUGGCAUCUGCUGUCAGAAGUACGUGAAGGCCAACAUCUCGGAGCAGUCCGCCACCACGGUGCGCUACACCAUGAAGAUGCUGGCCAGUGGAGCCGAGACCAUCAUCUUCAUGUUCCUGGGCAUCUCGGCCGUGGACCCCCUCAUCUGGAAGUGGAACACAGCCUUCGUGCUGCUGACACUGCUCUUUAUCUCCGUGUACCGCGCCGUCGGGGUCAUCCUGCAGACCUGGAUUCUGAACCGGUACCGCAUGGUGCAGCUGGAGAUCAUAGACCAGGUGGUCAUGUCCUACGGCGGCCUCCGCGGGGCCGUGGCGUACGCCCUGGUGGUCCUGCUGGACGAGGACAAGGUCAAGGAGAAGAGCCUCUUUGUCAGCACCACCAUCAUCGUCAUCUUCUUCACCGUCAUCUUCCAGGGCCUGACCAUCAAGCCCCUGGUGCAGUGGCUGAAGGUGAAGAGAAGUGAACAGCGAGACCCCAAGCUCAAUGAGAAGCUACAUGGCCGGGCUUUUGACCACAUCCUCUCGGCCAUCGAGGACAUAUCAGGGCAAAUUGGACACAAUUAUCUCAGAGAUAAGUGGUCCAACUUUGAUAGGAAAUUCCUCAGCAAAAUCCUCAUGCGAAGGUCAGCUCAAAAGUCACGCGAUCGGAUUCUGAAUGUUUUCCACGAGCUCAACCUGAAGGACGCCAUCAGCUACGUGGCUGAGGGAGAGCGCCGUGGGUCCCUGGCCUUCAUCCGCUCCCCGAGCACGGACAACAUGGUCAAUGUAGACUUCAGCACCCCGCGCCCCUCGACCGUGGAGGCCUCCGUCUCCUACCUGCUGAGGGAGAACGUCAGCGCCGUGCGCCUGGACAUGCAGUCCCUGGAGCAGAGGCGCCAGAGCAUCCGUGACACGGAGGACAUGGUCACGCACCACACGCUGCAGCAGUACCUGUACAAGCCCCGGCAGCAGUACAAACACCUCUACAGUCGACACGAGCUAACUGUGGACGAGGACGAGAAGCAGGACAAGGAGAUCUUCCACCGCACCAUGCGGAAACGCCUGGAGUCCUUCAAGUCCGCCAAGCUGGGGGUCAACCCACACAAGAAGGCUGCCAAGCUGCUCAAGAGAGAGCGCGCCCAGAAGCGGAGAAACAGCAGCAUUCCCAACGGGAAACUGCCGAUGGUCAGCCCCCUGCACGAUUUCACCAUUAAAGAGAAAGAUCUGGAACUUUCAGACCCCGAGGAAGCCCCCAACUAUGAUGCCGAGGAGAUGAGUGGGGGGAUUGAGUUCCUGGCGAACGUCACACGGGACACAGCGACAGACUCCCCCUCAGGAAUUGACAACCCCGCGUUUUCCCCGGACGAGGACCCAGGCAUCCUCUCCGGGGUGCCACCCUGGCUGUUCCCCGGGGAGACGGUGGUGCCCUCCCAGAGGGCCCGCGUGCAGAUCCCUCAGUCGCCCGGCAACUUCCACCGCCUGGCGCCCUUCCGCCUCAGCAGCAAGUCCGUGGACUCCUUCCUGUUGGCCGACGGCCCCGAGGAGCAGCCCCACAGCCCGCCCGAGUCCACGCACAUGUAACGGCCCGCCUAACCCCGCUCUCUCCUCCGCUCCCUGCAGCGCCGCCUCCUCGUGCCUGGACCCACGCUGCCGCAAGCUCUCCAGAGCCACCUCGCUGCCUCGCGCCUCUCUC